AUGGUUAACGAUACGGACGGGGAUGUCGGAGUGCCCGUUUCGUGGAAGCAGAUGGAGGAAUCCAGCUGGUAUGAGGUGGAAACGUCGGGGAAUUUUAAAUAUUACUACAACCGAGAGACCAAAGAGACCCGAUGGGACAAGCCUUCCAUAAAGAAGCCUCAGAAGAAGGAAGUAGAGGAACCGGAGGAGGUGAAGAUUCCACAGGAGGACCUCGAUGAGUACAAGGAACUGGUAAAAUCGCUAAACCUUCCAAACAAUGUGGGCUAUGAACAGACCAUACCUAAGCUUUUGUUUGACCCUCGAUAUAAGAAGAUUCCGCAAUCGCAUCGCAAAAGGCUCUUCAAUCAGUUGAGAAGGGAGCUUCUGGAAGAGAGCACUUCCACUCCACACACGCUGGAGCUUUUGGAGAGUUUGGAACCGAAAGAGAAAGAGUCCGGGAAGAGAAAGCUGGACCAGUCGAAAAAACCCAGGGAAUCGCACAAAAGAAGGGUGGAGUCGCACCAGGAAUCUCACAGAGACGCACACCUUCGGAAAAUGGCCGAGGACAACUUCCUGAGUCUCCUAUACGAAAAGGUCAAGAUGCCGUUCAGGGACGGCGAAGUGGAGCCCAUGGAUGAUGAGCUUCUCAGUUCAGACCCGCGAUACAGCAACGAGCACUUGGAGAACAGGCGCUACUUGUAUAAGAAGUUUACGAGGGACUUCCUUGCUGACAGAGUUAGGCUGUUUGAGAGCAAGCUGGCGGAGAUAGAUCCCUUCGGUCACGAUUUGGAAGAGGCUGUCGAGCUUCUUGGAACAAAGCUGUUUGGGCAUUUGCCUAUAAGGGUAUUGGAACGAUCCUUGGAUAAGUACAAACAUGAAAAGAAGGAAGAAUUUGUCGAUUCCUUCAAGAAGAUGCUUAAACAGUCCCUGUUUUAUAAGGCUGGAGCCAGGGAAGAUAAUUUAAAAAGGGCAAAGCUAAAAUUCUUCACCGAUCAAGCUGAAUUGGAGCACAUACACAAGAGUUCCAAGAACAUUUCCCUCGAAGAUGAUUAA